AUGAAGCCCUUGCUAUGCUUAGCCGAGCUUCUCUGCCAUGCAGGCCUUCAUGUCACCUAUGUCAACACUCACCACAACCACCAGCGCUUGGCCAACCGCCAAGCCCUCUCGACUCAUUUCCCCACCCUCCAUUUCGAGUCCAUCUCCGAUGGCCUCCCCGAGGAUGACCCCUGUACCCCGAGUAGCCAGUUGUUGAUUGCGUUGAAGACGUCCAUUAGGCCUCAUUUCCGGGAGCUGCUCAAAACCAUUUCGCUUAAGGCCGAAUCGAAUGAUGCUCUGGUGCCGCCUCCGAGCUGUAUCGUGACAGAUGGGCUCGUGACUUUUGCGUUUGAUGUGGCGGAGGAGCUGGGGCUGCCCAUUCUAAGUUAUAACAUUCCUUGUCCUCGUUACCUGUGGACUUGUCUUUGUCUCCCCAAGCUCAUUGAGAAUGGCCAGCUUCCUUUUCAAGACGAUGACAUGAAUGUGAAAAUUACGGGAGUGCUAGGAAUGGAAGGCCUUUUGCAUCGCCAAGACUUGCCAGGUUUUUGCCGAGUCAAACAAGCUGACCACCCAUCUCUUCAAUUCGCUAUCAACGAGACCCAAACCCUAAAACGAGCCUCGGCUCUCAUUCUCGACACAAUUUAUGAGCUUGAUGCUCCUUGCAUUCCCACAUGGCCCUCACGUUUCCCAAGAUUUACACCCUUGGACCGCUCCACGCUCUCCUCAACUCCCAAAUAG